CCGCAGUCAAAUCUCUCUAUCAGUCCAGAUGGCCUCCUCUUCGUCCUCAAGGCUGCUCGCGGCGGCGGUGCUGGCGGCGCUGCUCGCCGGCGCGAUGUGCGCCGUGAAGGUGGCCUUCACGGUGGAGAAGGGGUCCGGCGCCAAGAAGCUGGUGCUGAAGAUCGACUACGCCAGACCAGGCGACAGCCUCGCCGAGGUGGAGCUCCGGCAGCACGGCUCGGAGGAGUGGCAGCCCUUGACCAAGAAGGGUGGCUUCUGGGAGGUCUCGUCCACCAAGGACCUCGUCGGCCCCUUCAACUUCCGCUUCAUGUCCGAGAACGGCAUGAGGAACGUCUUCGACGAGGUCUUCUCCACCGAUUUCAAGAUCGGCGAAACCUACGCCCCGGAAGAGUGAUCCUUCCGUCGGUGUGUCA